GACCUGGCGCCGAGCUUGCCGCUUCCGUGGGGGCGGGGUGAGGGCCGGCGGGGCCGGGGGUCCGCGCGAAGCUCAGGGGGCGGGGCCGCCCGCAGGUAGCGGGGCGGGGCUGGCGCGGGGAGGCCGCUCAGCGGUCGCCGAGAAUGGACCCUAGGGGGGGUUAGGUGCUUUUGGGUGGCUGUGGCGAGUCGGGAGUGACGCUGCGGGGCGUGCAGUGCUGGCCUGGGAGUAGAUGCGUCCUGCCCCGGGCUUCGGAGGAGGUGUUUUUGCGUGUGAGGAGCAGCAGCGAUAUCACAAAGGUGUAACGGGGCAGCGGCCGGCUGUCGGAUCCAUCUCAACAACAGACCGAGCUCCAGCAGGGCCGCUGCCUUAUACGACUGUCCUCCUUCCUGUGUUGCGUCUCAGUAUUUUGACUGUGUGUACCUGAGCAGUCGCGGUGUGUUCCAGUAGCGGGACGCAGAGCUUGAGAUAACUGUGAUCUGACUUGAGAUAACUUGAGAUCUGUGCGCUGAAGGCAGUGCAGGAGAUCUGAGUGCUUACCUGCUUUGCUGGGCUGACGGGCCUGGGCAGCUUCUCCACGCAGCUCGAUCCUUCCGCUUGAAGAAAUAAGAGACCUCCCGGCUUCGGAGGUGAUGUUUCUUGCCUCGUUUUCCUUCCUUUCGGAGGAUAAGAGAUCAGUCUGCAGGCAGUAAGUCGGAGGAAAUGGAAGAAAGGAAAAUCAAGAGGAGAAGCCCCAAGUCGUCCACCGCCCACCCCGUGCAGGUUGCUAACUCCAAGAAGAGCUCAGUGCCGGUCAGCAAAAGCACCGCCUUUUCCAAUCCCGCGCCACAGCCGCCGGGGCAGAAACCAAAGCUCAAACGAGUGAUAAAAGAGAAAGCCAAACCUCCAGGAGGAGAAGCAAAAGGGGCACAGGCAGCACCAAUCCAGCAUUCUUUCCUCACAGAUGUAUCGGAUGUCCAGGAAAUGGAAAGGGGACUUCUCAGCCUCCUGAAUGACUUCCACUCUGGCAAACUUCAAGCGUUUGGAAAUGAAUGUUCCAUAGAGCAAAUGGAGCACGUGCGGAGCAUGCAGGAGAAACUUGCCCGCCUCAAUCUGGAGCUCUAUGGGGAGCUGGAAGAACUCCCUGAAGAUAAAAGAAAACUAGCCAGUGACUCCAAUCUGGAUAGGCUGCUAUCAGAUCUGGAAGAACUGAAUUCAUCUAUCCAAAAACUACAUUUAGCAGAUGCUCAAGAUAUUCCAAAUAGCACCACGGGCUGAAGAAACAGCUUUCUCAGUUUGGGUUCUCACAUAAGCUUUUCUUUUGUUUGUUUUUAUUUUCUCGCCACUGGAAUCUGGAAUUGGUAGCUUUUAAUUAUUUAUUAUUUUACACAGUGAAGAAUCAAAGUGCAAAUCCAGGUGUUUACUUUUGCACAUUCCUCUGAGUACUGCAUUAUAUCAGGACGAGAUUUAAGCAGGCUGUCGUGAUGGUACGCUUUAUAUCAUUGCCUUAUUUAAUAGGAAAACACUGGGAAACGUGGAAGUAAAUUUAUUCUGCUGUGUUGUUCAUAUUGUUGCAAAUGAUGUAUGAGUUCAUCAGCAUUUCUCCAAAUGUUCUGAAGGUAAUGCUGCUGUUGCCUUUCUGAUCAGUUCACAGACAAUCCGCACACUGGCUUUAGUGUGUUUUGUUGACCAGUGCUGCCACUGAGAUUUUAUUGUUAAUAAAGACAUUUUAAAAACAUAUCACAUUUUAUUUAGAGAAGUUAUCUAUUCAGCUGUGUUAAGGAAGAGUUCUUGCAUGGUCUGAAUAUUUGCAGGGUUUACUUUUUUCAUUACUGUGAAUAACUAUUAUUAGUUCUGUCACCAAACAGAACUAGCAUGCAUGUUAGAAGUACAUAUAAUUUAAGUUCUGUGACAUUCAGAAAUUCAAUAAGGCCGUUGUUCAAUAAAUCUGUUAUAUGUAA